CAGCGGACUAGGAUGCUCUGUUCUCUCGCGCGCACACUCUCCUGUCUCCUGCUUUCCACAGUCAACAUGGAAGGGCUUAAUUAAUGCAUGUGUCCCUCCUGCCCUGAAGCUAAUGAAUUUUAAUUCGCCGUUUGAGACUGGACUUGCGUUUUUUCGGCCGCAAAAGCACUGGAAUUUCCUUGUACAGAGUGGAUAACACGGAGGUAUCUGCGGAAUAAUACGUCUUCAGAAAAGAGGCAAAUUAUGCCAGCAGCACCAGAGUCCCUCCCCCUGGUGACUUGCCAGCCCAUUGGUCAGACAGCUCUGUGCACCACCUCUAGCCCCGCCCAAUCCCCUGGCAGAUCCAUGCUGCUGGACACGCCCCACAGAGCCACGCCCACACUAUGAGCGCCAACGGGCCCACCCCUGUGGCCCUGGCUACAGCCCCGGCUACAACCCCAGUCUCCCCACCGGUCGCUCCGGUAGCUGCCCCCACGGCUGCCCCGGUCCCGGUGCCGACCGUCCCGGUGGGCGCGCUGGCACAAAAGAAGCGGGCGCAGUACGCCAAAAGCAAGAAACAGGGCAGCAACGCCAACACCAGGCCUGCCAGGGCCCUGUUCUGCCUCAAACUUAACAACCCCAUACGAAGAGCCUGCAUCAGCCUGGUGGAGUGGAAGCCAUUUGAUAUCUUUAUAUUAAUUGCUAUAUUUGCCAACUGUAUGGCCUUAGCUGUGUAUAUCCCCUUCCCUCAGGAUGACUCCAACUCCACCAACCAUGACCUGGAAACGGUAGAACAUGUCUUCCUCGUUAUUUUCACUAUAGAGACCUUCCUGAAGAUUAUCGCCUACGGUUUAGUGGCGCACCAGAACGCAUAUGUGAGAAACGGAUGGAACAUGCUGGAUUUUGUCAUCGUCGUUGUUGGACUGUUCAGUGUUGUCCUGGAACUUUUGACCAAAGACUCUGUAGAGACGAAGGAGGAGGCAGAGGCGGGUGCGGCUGCAGCAGCGGCAGCGGCAGCGCUCCACCCCUCCGCACAAGGCCACGGGGGAAAGUCGGGCGGCUUCGACGUCAAAGCCCUCCGAGCCUUCCGUGUACUGCGACCCCUACGCCUGGUCUCAGGAGUGCCCAGUUUACAGGUUGUGUUGAACUCCAUUAUUAAAGCCAUGGUCCCUCUCCUCCACAUCGCCCUGCUGGUCCUGUUUGUCAUUAUCAUCUACGCCAUCAUCGGCCUUGAGCUCUUCAUUGGCAAAAUGCACGCUACCUGCUUCUUCCCCAGCACAGGCAUGAUAGCGGAGGAUGAUCCGGCUCCAUGUGCGAUCUCAGGGCACGGGCGCCAAUGUCCCAUCAAUGGCACCGAGUGCAGGGAGGGCUGGCACGGCCCCAACAACGGCAUCACCAACUUUGACAACUUCCUGUUCGCCAUGCUGACUGUGUUCCAGUGUAUCACCAUGGAGGGCUGGACAGACGUGCUCUACUGGAUGAAUGAUGCUAUGGGUCUAGAGCUACCAUGGGUCUACUUUGUUUCUCUUGUCAUCUUCGGCUCCUUCUUUGUUCUAAACCUGGUUCUGGGAGUGUUGAGCGGAGAGUUCUCCAAGGAGAGAGAGAAGGCCAAGGCCAGAGGAGACUUCCAGAAGCUGAGAGAGAAGCAGCAGCUAGAGGAGGACCUGAAGGGCUACCUGGACUGGAUCACUCAGGCCGAGGACAUCGACCCUGACAACGAGGACGAGGAGGGCAACGAGGAGGGCAAACGCAACCGGGUGACUCUGGCUGACCUCACAGAGAAGAAGAAAGGAAGCAGGUUUGGGUGGUUCAGCCAGUCCUCCGACACUCAUGCGAGUAUGCCAGCCAGUGAGACGGAGUCAGUGAACACAGAGAACGUGGCCGAGGAUGAGGUGAAGACACCGUGCUGUGGACCUUUUUGUCAAAAAAUUACAAAGUCAAAGUUCAGUCGGCGCUGGCGUCGCUGGAACAGGUUCUGCCGCAGGAAGUGCCGGUUGGCAGUUAAAUCGGUGCCUUUCUAUUGGCUGGUGAUCAUCCUGGUGUUUCUCAACACACUCACCAUCUCCUCAGAGCACUACAUGCAGCCUGACUGGCUCACUCAAGUACAGGACGUGGCAAACAAGGUUCUACUGGGAUGUUUUACGUGUGAGAUGAUGACCAAGAUGUACAGUCUGGGCCUGCAGGCCUACUUUGUGUCCCUGUUCAACCGCUUUGACUGCUUUGUAGUGUGUGGAGGCAUCACAGAGACCAUCCUGGUGGAGCUGGCCAUCAUGUCUCCUCUGGGCAUCUCUGUGUUCCGCUGUGUCCGCCUUCUCAGGAUCUUCAAGGUCACACGUCACUGGCAGUCUCUCAGUAACUUGGUGGCAUCGCUGCUCAACUCCAUGAAGUCCAUCGCCUCCCUGCUGCUCCUGCUCUUCCUCUUCAUCAUCAUCUUCUCCCUGCUGGGCAUGCAGGUGUUCGGAGGCAAGUUCAACUUCGACGAGACACAGACCAAGAGGAGCACCUUCGAUAACUUCCCCCAGGCACUGCUCACUGUGUUUCAGAUCCUGACGGGUGAAGACUGGAACGCUGUGAUGUAUGACGGCAUCAUGGCGUAUGGUGGCCCUUCCUCAUCAGGGAUGAUCGUCUCCUUCUACUUCAUCAUCCUCUUCAUCUGCGGAAACUACAUCCUGCUGAACGUCUUUUUGGCUAUCGCUGUGGACAACCUGGGAGACGCGGAGUCUCUCAAUGCUCCACGAGAGAAAAAGGAAGAGAAAAAGGAAGACUUGGUGCCAGUGGAGGAAGAAGAGGAGAAUGCAGCAGCAGUGGAGGAGGAGGAGCCGGAGGUUCCAGCAGGGCCACGCCCACCCAUCUCUGAACUGGUCAAGAAGGAGAAGAUCACCCCCAUCCCUGAUGGCAGCGCCUUCUUUAUCUUCAGCAAGACCAACCCGAUCCGGGUGGGAUGUCAUAAACUCAUCAAUCACCACAUCUUCACCAACCUCAUCCUGGUCUUCAUCAUGCUCAGCUCUGUCUCCCUCGCUGCAGAGGACCCCAUACGCAACUUCUCUGCACGCAACAUCGUCCUAGGCUAUGCAGAUUAUGUCUUCACUAGUAUGUUUACAUUUGAGAUCAUGUUGAAGAUGACCACAUACGGUGCGUUCCUCCAUAAAGGAGCGUUCUGUAGGAACACCUUCAACCUGCUGGAUCUGCUGGUGGUGGGGGUCUCCCUGGUCUCCUUCUGCAUCCAGUCAUCUGCCAUCUCAGUGGUGAAGAUUCUGAGGGUCCUGCGUGUGCUUCGGCCCCUGAGGGCUAUCAACAGAGCCAAAGGUCUCAAGCAUGUAGUCCAGUGUGUGUUUGUGGCCAUCAGGACCAUAGGUAACAUCAUGAUCGUCACCACGCUGUUGCAGUUCAUGUUUGCCUGCAUAGGAGUACAGCUCUUUAAGGGGAAGUUUUACCGAUGUACAGACGAAGCCAAGUCCAGCCCAGACGAAUGCAAGGGCACCUACAUCCAUUUUAAGGACGGGGACGUGAACCAGCCAGCCAUCCAAAAGAGAGUGUGGCACAACAGCGAGUUCAACUUUGACAACGUGCUGAUGGCCAUGAUGGCUCUUUUCACCGUGUCUACCUUCGAGGGCUGGCCUUCGUUGCUCUACAAGGCCAUAGACUCUAACAGAGAGAACCUGGGUCCCAUCUACAACUACCGCAUCGAGAUCUCCAUCUUCUUCAUCAUCUACAUCAUCAUCAUCGCUUUCUUCAUGAUGAACAUCUUCGUCGGCUUCGUCAUCGUCACCUUCCAGGAGCAAGGAGAGAAAGAAUACAAGAACUGUGAGCUUGAUAAGAACCAGCGGCAGUGUGUGGAGUAUGCCCUGAAGGCCCGUCCGUUGAGGAGGUACAUCCCUAAGAACCCCUACCAGUAUAAGUUCUGGUACGUGGUCAACUCCACAGGGUUUGAGUACAUCAUGUUCGUCCUCAUCAUGCUCAACACACUCUGCCUGGCUGUGCAGCACUAUGGCCAGUCUGCAACAUUUAACUAUGUGAUGGACAUCCUCAACAUGGUCUUCACUGCUGUUUUCACUGCAGAGAUGGUGCUCAAACUCAUCGCCUUCAAACCUCGGCACUAUUUCACUGACGCGUGGAACACAUUUGAUGCCUUAAUUGUAGUUGGUAGCGUCGUUGAUAUUGCUAUCACUGAAGUGAAUAACACGGAGGACAGUGCUCGCAUCUCCAUCACCUUCUUCCGACUGUUCCGAGUCAUGCGAUUGGUCAAGCUGCUGAGUAGAGGGGAGGGCAUCCGCACCCUCCUGUGGACCUUCAUCAAGUCCUUUCAGGCUCUGCCCUAUGUCGCCCUUCUGAUCGCCAUGCUCUUCUUCAUCUAUGCUGUCAUCGGCAUGCAGGUGUUCGGGAAGGUAGCCAUGGUGGACGGCACCCACAUCAACAGGAACAACAACUUUCAGACCUUCCCUCAGGCCGUGCUGUUGCUCUUUAGGUGUGCCACGGGGGAGGCGUGGCAGGAGAUCAUGUUGGCGUGUGUGUCUGGAAAGCUGUGUGACCCAGAGUCCGACUACAACCCUGGAGAGGAGAUGACCUGUGGAGCCAGCUUCGCCUACAUCUACUUCAUCAGCUUCUACAUGCUCUGUGCCUUCCUGAUUAUCAAUUUGUUUGUGGCUGUCAUCAUGGACAACUUUGACUAUCUGACUCGUGAUUGGUCAAUCCUGGGUCCUCACCACUUGGACGAGUUUAAGAGGAUCUGGUCUGAGUAUGACCCAGAGGCCAAGGGCAGGAUUAAACAUCUGGACGUGGUCACUCUGCUCCGACGAAUUCAGCCUCCUUUGGGCUUCGGCAAACUCUGUCCUCAUAGAGUGGCCUGCAAGAGACUGGUGGCCAUGAACAUGCCUCUAAACAGCGACGGCACCGUGAUGUUCAAUGCUACCUUAUUUGCAUUAGUACGCACAGCCCUGAAGAUCAAAACUGAUGGUAAUCUGGAGCAGGCCAACGAGGAGCUGAGAGCAGUCAUCAAGAAGAUCUGGAAGAGGACCAGUAUGAAGCUACUGGACCAAGUGGUGCCCCCUGCUGGUGAUGAUGAGGUAACCGUGGGGAAGUUCUAUGCCACCUUCCUGAUACAGGACUACUUUAGGAAAUUCAAGAAACGUAAAGAGGAGGGCCUGGUAGGGGUGCACGCCUCCCAGAACAACACAGCCAUCGCUCUACAGGCUGGCCUUCGCACGCUACAUGAUAUCGGGCCUGAAAUUCGACGAGCGAUAUCAUGUGACCUGCAAGAUGACGAGCUAGUAGACUUUAUUCCAGAGGAGGACGAGGAGAUUUAUAGGCGCAACGGCGGCCUGUUCGGUAACCACGUCAACCACGUGAACGGGGACCACCACCGGCGCUCAUCGAGUCACCAAACCAACGCCACCCAGCGGCCCCUGCAAGUACAGCCGCCUCCGCACUACGCCCACAUGGAGCAGCCGGUGGGGCGUCUCUGCCGGGCCAAUGCCAUGUCCCACCCUAACCACCACCAUCGCCACCACCACCACAACUCCUCCUACGGCAAGUCGCCCAAGUCCACCAACAUCAACUUGAACAAUGCCAACGUGUCCAGUCUGCCCAACGGAGGAGGGCACCACCACCGCUACUACGAGCACGCUCCGCCCCCCGCCAACGGUUACCCUGGACACCGUGGCAGCCCCUACUACCCCGACUACGACAAGCCACCUCCUCGGGGCACGCCCCAAGGACAAAGAAGGCGCUACUAUGAGACCUAUGUUAGGUCCCAUGUGGGAGACGUCCGUCACCCGACCAUCCGGCGGGAGGAGGAGUUUGACGAUGACAGGUACUCAGGAGAGUACUAUAGCGGGGAGGAGUUCUACGAGGACGACAGCAUGUUGUCAGGAGACAGGAGGUCCUAUAAAGAAUACCUGGACAGGUACCAGAACAGUGACACGGAGUAUGAGACUCCUAGAGGCUACCACCACCCCGACAGUUACUAUGACGAUGAUGAGCAGCCCCUCUACCAAGAUGGAAGGAGGUCGCCUAAGAGAAGGAUGCUUCCUGCCACACCUCAAGGUCACCGGAGGCCCUCCUUCAACUUUGAGUGUCUAAGAAGGCAAGGCAGUCAGGACGAGCUGCCACACCAACGCACUGCACUACCACUGCACCUAAUGCAGCACCAGGUGAUGGCUGUAGCAGGGCUGGACUCCAGCAGAGCCCACCGUCUCUCCCCCACCCGCUCCACCCGCUCCUGGGCCACUCCCCCCGCCACUCCGGCCAGUAAGGAACAGUCGCCCUACUACACGCCCCUCAUCAGGGUCGAUCUCCCCGGACGCAGGGAGAGUGCCUCCAGCAGCCAGGUGUCUGUGAGGAAGAGUUCAUGGUACACAGACGACCCAGAGUACUCCCAGAGGACCUACUCCCCCGUCCACCUCCAGCUGCCCCCAGAGUACCGACAGCAUUACCACCAGAAGAGAGGCAGUGCUACCAGCCUGGUUGAGGCGGUUUUGAUAUCAGAGGGGCUCGGGAGAUACGCCAAGGAUCCAAAGUUUGUGGCGGCCACCAAGCACGAGAUAGCAGACGCGUGCGAGAUGACCAUUGACGAGAUGGAGAGCGCGGCCAGCCACUUGCUGAAUGGCGGUGUGGCGCCGGCGGUUAAUGGGGUCAACGUGUACCCCGUCAUGAGCGAGCGGGACUACGACCUCCAGGACGCCACGGCCAGUUACAGUGACGAGGAGCCGGAGGUGGAGCUUAGAUUACCGUACGAGGAGGACCUGGCAGAUGAGAUGAUCUGCAUCACCACUUUAUAGCAUCGGCUGGAGAAUAAACUACUAGAAACUAACUACUAGCUGUAUGUACUCUACUUCAUAUAGACUACAGUACCAUCAGUGGAAAACUAAAUGAGAAAUGCAUCUAUUGGCUUACGACCAAAAGAAGUGCCUUUUACAUGGAAGAGAAAGGCACCUAUGAGGAGAGAGAGAGACACACUUAUUCUCUCACUCACCCUCUGCCAGCCAGGGAAUUCACAUCACCUCUGUCAAUCACAGGACCAGAAGCCAAUCCUGGUGCCAGGGAACCAUGUUAGUCCCACCCUCCCAGACCGACACUACUGGCGCUUAGGAGGCCAUGAGCAUCUGUCAUAGGUCACCAUCUGGAGGUGACACUCACAGGUUCAUCAACGAGCCAAUUGCAGACGAGGACAUGGCGUGUCAGUGGAGGAGAUGGACCUAUUGGCAGAGGCGUAAGGUACCGUAGGCAGGUCGUUAAGGGUGAUGACAAUCAGAUGUAAGAUGUCAUUCCCUCUGUCACUUUAUUAAGAUUUUGGCAUAUCAUGCAAGUUUUCAAUGCAAGCAUAGAAAGGCAUAUCUCUCCCCACCUAACCCCCCUUAGAUGUUUUAGUAUAACUUUGAUCCCGGAAUCAUUGACAUAAAUAAUUAAAAGAUGGCUGUAGACGGGUCACAUCGAACAGAUUCUUAGAGAAUAACCAGUUUACGUAUGCAGGAGAUAUCAGUCACAUUUAUAGCAUCAUCCAACUGGAGAUAUACACUUCUGAGACGACUACAGCAUGGAAUAAAUGCACUAGCAGGCAGGUUGUUUUUAAUUUGACAAUAGCCUGACGAUGAAUAUUUCAUAGUAGAUAUACUGUAAAUGAAUUGUAUUAUAUAAACAAAAAGAAAAACUUUGUAAAGAGAUGUUCUAUAUUUUGUAAUUGUGUACCAUUUCAAAAGAAGAUCAGCAAUACACACCCUAAUGAAUCCUAUUAUGCUACCAGGAAAGAAGAUCGCUGGUGUUAUUAUUUUAUUAGGUACAAUAUUCUGACAUUUAUUUGCCUUUUCUUUGUUGUUGCUCAUAUGCAUCCUUGACAUGUCUGUGAACAGCUUUUUAAAAUCGUUUUCUUUUUCGUGUAACAACACAGCUGCACAAGAUAUGCAAAUGUCUUUGUUUUUUUACUUGUUUAUGAGCAUAAGAACACUGUAUAUGUGUUACUCAAACCACACCAACACCAGUACCACAAAGUAAAGUACCCCUUAUUAAGAGCAUCUUUGUAGGACUUGAUAUUAGCUAAGCCUCAAGGAGGCUAUUCUACCUUUAUAAAGAUGUGAUACUAAACUUCCGUGUUUGUAUAUGUUGUGCAGAGGAGGUGCACAGCACAGAAAGGUCAGAUGCCUAGUGCAUUGACAAUGCUGCUUCAUUUGCCCAUUUUGAAAUGAAUUCUACAACUUUAUUAGUUGCAUCUGUCCCAACUGAAAUGCCUUCUGCUGCUGAAAGAAAACAAUAUGAUAGACGUGAGAUGAACAGAAAUCUCCCUGUCGUUCUCAAUGCUUUUAUUGGGAUUUUUCCUCAAUAUACAACUUGUUGAUCACGAUUAAUGUAAGUUAAUUCCACUGAUCCUUUCAAACUGAAUCUUCCUAAUCACUUGGCCUUUAUGUUGUUGUGUGCGAGACUUGUGACAGACUGAGCCGGUGUGAGCCAGGACAGACGGGAUGCACGGUGGUUGAUUGGUGAGGCACGUAUUCAUCAGGGAUGUUGACAGGGCAGAUGAGCUCACGUGAUGAGGCUGCAUCUAGCCUGGGUGCCAGUCUGGUUCUGCUCUCUCGCCAACUCCUUACGGAAUUGUCAAGCAAAACAUGACAAUGGAGUAGGCAAAAGCACAAACAGAUCUGGGACCAGGCUAGGUAUCAUCAUGGUCUAGGUAGGUCCACGAUCUCCACCAUUGUUGUCCUCUUCUGUUGUGUUGUUGUGUCAUAUUUGGCCUGAAGUGUUUUAGCUGGAGAGAGGCUAAGCAAUACUAACCCCCUCACUCUCUCAGCCUCUCUGGCUUCUCUCUGCAUACACUAUACCUCGUGGUGGUCCAGCAUCGUCUGGGGAAAACAUAUCAGCCUUCCUCUCAACCAACCAGUCUGUUUCCCACAGCCAUCUUAUCUGUCCAAUGAGAAGGGAGUGUUUGUACUACGGCUAAUUUUACAAGAAAACGCCACUUUUGUUGCUAUCAACGCAAGUUGAAAAUUGAUGCACCACAAAAUUACUUUACACUAGCAGACAAAAAAUAAAGUACUAAGUUCACUUCUUUUUCAGGCGCUGCCCUGGAUAGUUUGAAUAAGCACAGAAGAUGGGUAGGUGAUGAGACGUGUGGGAUCUGUAAUUCAUGAGUGUUUGAUUUGUAGUUCAUGAGUUUGCAUUGCGUUCUCAGUCAACCUGAAUACUGUCUUGAAAAUGUAGGUUUUCCACAUUGUGUGCACAUUGAAAGGGCUCUUUGAAUUGUUUGAGUAAAAAAAAAUGUGUUCUGGUCUUUUUGUUGAGAAUUAUCUUGUGAAAGGACCAAUGCGCAUUCCAGGCACGUUAUACUAUUCGUAGCAAUUACUGAUAAACUGAAAAUAUGCAUUAUUUUGUAAACACUUUUAAAAAGGUUGUGUUAAACUAAAGAUAAAACAAACAUACUUUUACCUCAUGUCAGGGAUUCCUGAAAAAAAGAAAAGAUAAAAUGAUUUGGUUCAUUCUAUACCAAUGGUAUUUCAAUAUUAGCACAUAGCUGUUUGUCUUUGCACAAGUAACUGUAUAGUGCUAUUGUUUCUCCUUUUUCUAUACACAUUUUUGUGAAUUAAGGUGAGACAAUUUUGUACUUUUUUGUGACUGUGUGUAUGGUUUAGUGAAAUCUAUAUUUGUCAUUUACACCUCACCUUUCAAUGCUGGGACAGAAAGAAUCUGAAAAAAAUAAAGAAAAAAAUAUACAUUUUCAAGGUGCACUGUUACUCUGUUGGUGGGUUAAAAAAAGAUAAAUCCAAUGGUAAUAUACCAGUUUACAGAGAAACCCUUGUUGAUUUAAACAUUUUGAUUAGUUUUCAUUCUAUUAUUAUAAUUAUUAUGAUUACUAUUACUACUAUUACUGUUAUUAAAUAUGUAUUAAAAUAGAAGAUAAUGUAAAAUAUGUAGAAACAUAUGGAAAGACCCAUGGUAAUGUUCUCUACUUGAAAGUCCUUAUAUUUACUCUGUAAUGUUUUUAUUCAGUAAACAUGAUUUCUCUUAGUAGCAAAUGCUUUAUUAUGACCCUCUAUGUUUUGUAUCAAUUCAUUUUUUUUCCUUUUUUUUUUUUUGCCUUGAAUUCAUUUUAAUCAAUAAUGAUAUUUUAUUUUCUAAUGGUUAUUACUGAAUAAACUUACACUGAAAUUCUAC